UCUCUCUCUCUCUCUCUGUGUAUCUCCCACUACUCCACACACACACAAACACAAGUAGCGAACCGAAAUGUCGUCAUCGGCGACGGCCAAACGAGAUCUAGAAACCACCAGAUCUCCGGCGACAAUGUCUUACCGGACUUCCUCAAAUCCGUCACCACAACCACCCUUACCUCUAGUAAUCACACUCAACUGCAUCGAAGACACCUCAAUCGAACAACAAUUCCUCACCAACAUCGCACGUGUCGAGCACGUUCCACUCAGCAACCUCGCCGAAUCAAAGAUCGAAUCCGCCGCAGCCGUCCUGUUACACUCGCUCGCGUUCCUCCCACGCGUGGCUCAGCGCCGGCUCCGUUCCUGGCAGAUCGUGCUCUGUCUCGGCUCGGCUGACCGGUCAGUUGAUUCGGCUAUCGCAGCUGAGUUAGGACUUGGUAGGCUUGUACACGUGGAUGUUUCUAGAGCUGAGGAAGUUGCGGAUACAAUUAUGGCCUUGUUUUUAGGACUGUUGAGACGCACGCACCUGCUUUCUCGUCACGCGCUUUCGGCUUCCGGUUGGUUAGGUUCGCUGCAACCGCUUUGCCGUGGAAUGCGGAGAUGUAGAGGGCUUGUGUUAGGGAUUAUUGGGAGGUCUGCUUCUGCCAAGUCUUUGGCAAAUAGAAGUUUGGCCUUUAAAAUUAGUGUCCUCUAUUACGAUGUUCAUCAGGAAAACGGGAAAAGAUUAAGCAGGUUUCCUUCUGCUGCUAGGAGAAUGGAUACUCUUAACGAUUUACUUGCUGCAAGUGAUCUUAUUUCACUUCAUUGUUCGCUAACAGAUAAUACAAUACAAAUCUUAAAUGCUGAAUGCUUGCAGAAUGUCAAACCAGGGGCGUUUCUGGUUAAUACUGGUAGCAGCCAGUUAUUGGAUGACUGUGCCGUAAAACAGCUUUUGAUUGAUGGCACACUAGCAGGAUGCGCUUUGGAUGGUGCUGAAGGGCCUCAGUGGAUGGAAGCAUGGGUACGUGAAAUGCCCAAUGUUCUAAUUCUUCCCCGUAGCGCAGAUUAUAGUGAGGAAGUGUGGUUGGAGAUUCGGGAAAAAGCCGCAUCAAUGUUGCAGGCAUUUUUCUUGGAUAAUGUCAUUCCAAGUGAUGCCAUUUCCGACAAUGAUGAAGAAGAAAGUGCGACACUGUACAAGGAUGAACACAGUGAUAAGCAAGAGAAACACAGCACACUGCGGUCCUCUACUACCCAGCAGCUAACAGAUGACAUUCAUGUAUCAUACGAGAGCUCUGUGAAAAAAGAUAUUACACAAUCAAUUGCGUCUCCCAGCCAACCUGACGAAUCAUUUUCACAGGCUAUUUCUCCUCAGUCUGAAGUUAAACGCAGUAGAUCAAGUAAAAAAGCUAAAAAGAAACAUUCUCGUCAGAAGUCAAUGCAUAAAAUUGGUGAUAAAGAGAGUACGCCACACAAAGAAGAUGAUACUGCCAUGAGUGGCACAGACCAAGUGUUGAGUUCUAGCUCACAUUUUGCAUCCCCUGAUGAUUCAAGAAGUAAAAGAACACCUGUUGGAUCACUACAAGAUUCAUCGGUUAAAUAUCUGAAAUCUAGCACCAGUGGUAAAAAGUCUCUUGAGCUGCUAAAGGAUGGCUGUGUUAUCUCUUUGCAAGCACGAGAUCGAUCUGCACUUCAUGUAUCUAGGCAAAGAGCUCAAGGUGGUGGGUGGUUCCUAGACACGAUGUUAAAUGUGACAAAAAGAGAUCCAGCUGCACAAUUUCUUGUUGUUUUCAGAAGCAAGGACACGAUUGGUUUAAGAUCUUUCACUGCCGGUGGCAAGUUAUUGCAGAUAAAUAGAAGAAUGGAAUUUGUAUUUGCUAGUCAUAGUUUUGAUGUCUGGGAGAGCUGGACGUUUGAAGGCUCGUUAGAAGAAUGUAGACUGAUUAACUGUAGAAAUCCUGCUGCUGUUUUAGAUGUACGAGUGGACAUUCUAGCUACUGUAGGGGACGAUGAUGGGAUAACUCGUUGGCUUGACUAAUUCUACUAACUCAAGAAACUAAGCAACUUUGUGCACAGGAUUUUCAUUCACACAUUCUUUGUCUUGAGGUUUGUACUACCGUAUUCAAAGUAAUUCGUAAAGCUUUUGGUUUUACUUACAUAAAAGUCCUCAAAGGCUGUGCGUGUUCCAGUUGUGACCCGACCUCAGUUGUGUAUGAUUUUAUAUUAUCACCACUCUUCCAACCCCAGUUCCAUGUGAUUCUAUUUAGGCAUUAUUUGCCUUGAGGUGUCUGUAGCAUCGUUUUCUGAAUUAGUUGAAGAGUGAUCACUAUUUUGUAACAAAAUUCUUAUAGUUUGUGUGCGAAUGGUGUUGUACCAAACAACCCGAGGGUUUGGGUGUACAUGAUUUCACUGGCUUUGUGGGUUCUUUUUUGUGUAUUAUAGUUGUUAGUUCUUGG